AACUUUACAUAUUUGGUUCCACCAAAAGGGCAUUAGAGCCAUAAUAACAUGGUAUUUUUUAAGUAAAUUUGAAGGCAAAUAUGUUUCUUUAUAUGAAAGUCAGAAAAAAGAUUUUACUAGAGUAUAAUAUUUUGACCUGGAUAUCUAUAUUUUAACUGUACGGUCUAUGUAUAACUGUACAAGAAUACAGUCUAUGUAUUUUGUUCCACACUGCUAAUCAUAAACAUUUCACAUUUAAACCAGUACAGUCAUAACUAGAAAAAAAAAGAUAUACUAACUCAGAAAUAAGAAUAGGUGGGUUUAUUUGUGAUUUACUUCUGUGACUUUCCUCUGUGAGCAUGUAUGUAGCCUAUUCCGUGAAGGCACAACAACGAUUCAUUUCUUUUGCCUUUUUAUUGGGCCUAGUUACUGUUUAACAUCCCCACCCAACUUUCAGUUUGUUUAGUAAAUCGAUCUAAUGAGGCUACCCUGACACCAUCAUGUGUGGCACUGAAUUUCACUCCACUAAGUUCACUCUAGCUGCUCAGUCUGCUCUGUUCAGCACAGGAGCAGUUACACAGUGAAAGAGUCUGGAAAAGCGAGGGGUUUCCAUGUCAGAAGUGAGAUAAUUGUAUGUUGGAUCAGUAUAAAAUCCUGGUUUCUGGACAAGAAGAAGAAAGCAUGCCAACGGAGCCCAGCAUCAGCCAGGGGGAUAAUGGGGUGAACUCCAACUGCGCUAUCUGCGGGGACAAGGCCACAGGCAAGCACUAUGGAGCCUCCAGCUGUGACGGCUGCAAGGGCUUUUUCCGCAGGAGCAUUAGGAAGAGCCACGUCUACUCAUGCAGGUUCAAUCGUCAGUGUGUGGUUGACAAAGACAAGAGGAACCAGUGCCGCUUUUGCCGGCUUCACAAAUGCUUCCGAGCGGGAAUGAAGAAGGAAGCUGUGCAAAAUGAACGGGAUCGUAUCAGCUCCAGAAGAAGCCUACAGGACUCACAUGACCUUCCACCCAUCACUGUACUGGCACAGGCAGAGUCACUGUCACAACAGAUCAAUGUUGCCAGCCCGGCGGGUCCCGCUGACAUCUCAGAGAAGAAAUCAGCCACCAUUGGGGACGUGUGCGAGUCUAUGAAGCAACAGCUGCUUGUUCUGGUAGAGUGGGCUAAAUACAUCCCGGCCUUCGGCGAAUUGCCUCUUGACGACCAGGUCAGUUUAUUGCGGGCACACGCAGGGGAACAUCUUCUGCUCGGAGUGGCUAAGAGGUCAAUGCCAUACAAAGACAUUUUGCUUCUCGGUAAUGGCUGUGUUAUUCACCGAAAUUGCCCCGAAGCAGAGAUCAGCCGAGUGGCUAACCGCGUCCUCGAUGAAUUGGUCGCACCCUUCCAAGACAUCCAGAUCGAUGACAAUGAAUACGCAGCACUGAAAGCUAUUGUUUUCUUUGACCCCGAUGCCAAAAGCCUCAGAGACCCGUCCAAGAUAAAGAAUAUGAGGUACCAGGUCCAGAUGAGUCUGGAGGACUACAUAAAUGACCGACAGUACGACUCUCGUGGGCGCUUCGGUGAGCUUCUCCUGCUGCUGCCCACCCUGCAGAGCAUCACCUGGCAGAUGAUUGAACAGCUGCAGUUCAUCAAACUCUUUGGCCUGGCCAAGAUCGACAACCUGCUGCAGGAGAUGCUGCUGGGAGGUCUCACCACAGAACAGCCACAUUUGCAUCACCAUGGUCAUCCGCAGUUGGCCCAGGAUCCAAUCACAGGGCAGACAGUUGUCAUCAGCUCUCUUUCAGGCCCUGUGCAUGCACAACAAAUAGCUUCUCCAGACACUCCAAUCCCAUCUCCUCCCCAGGUUCAGAAUCAGGAGAUCUACAAGUCCUCCUCUAGUCCUACAGUCUUGAUGACGGCACAGCCCAUUUCUAGCAGACAUUCACCUGAAUCUCCGCUCUGAGGCUAAAAAUCUGCACCACCAGCUGCUUACAGCUGCAGUCUGCUGUGUUUGUAAAUGUGUAAAUGGCAUGAAAUCUAUCCAAUCUGUACCUCAGAUUUAUUAGCGCAUUAAUAGGAACUUCCCAGACCUUAGAGUUUAGAUCUUGUGUCAUGUCUGAAAAUAUGACGUAAAACCUUUUUUUUAAAUCAAAGCUGGGUCAAGUAUGAAAUUCAGGUUGGUAUUAGCAAAAAUUCAUAAAGAAACAUCUCAGACAUCAUGUAAGGACUUUCUGUAAGUUUAGUCUGGUUCCCUUUAACACCACUGUGAACAGAAACUACUGUGAUUGACUUUGUUAACAUCUUAUUGAUUGAAUUCUGCACACAUUGACUGAGGUUGCCUUAGCAAAACUCACAUUUGUCUGAAUGCUAAGAGCCUACUUAGUAUCAUGACACCUUGAUUUUUUUGCAAAUGUGUAUGAAACAGAAACAACAAGCAAAACUUACAUUAUUUUUUUAGUUUUUACAGAUGAGUGAAUUUUCAGUGGUUGUAUUGCAGGUUCCAGAGACAGUAUUUGGGCCAAUAUCUCUGCAAAUGCAAAUAUAUAUAUAUAUAUAUAUAUAUAUAUAUAUAUAUAUAUAUAUAUAUAUAUAUAUAUAUAUAUAUAUAUAUAUAUAUAUAUUCCUAUUUGACCCAGCUCUGAUCAUCACAGAAACGGGUAUUUUAUAUUGAUUUUUAUUUAAGUCCCUCCUACAGUUGUUUAAAUGGUAUCAGAAUGUUUAUCACAAGUGUUGAUAUUUUAAAGCAACAGAAAUAUACUGUUGUCUGUUAACAUGAGUGGUGAAAUGUAAAUAUCAAUACUGAGAGUCAAUACACACAUUUAAUUUAUUGUAAACUGAUUCUGUAACCUGUUCUGGAGUUGGUGUAUUACUAAUUACGUUAGAAUAAACACAUCGUUUAAAUAA